CCAACAAGGCAAUCAUUCAUCAUCAGAAAGUGUGCCAGUGAACUGCGUCAACUUUACAGCUUUUUGAAGUGGAUAUUUGUUCCAACAUUUUAUCUAAUUUUGGAUUGAAAUUUGUUUAAUUUUGUCGUUGUACAGGAAAUUGCAGUGCUCAAGCCGUUUGAAGGUGUUUCGGUGUGAUAUGAAAAUUGCAAUACUGUUGUAAGUACCGUGUUGCCUAGUAGUUAUAUGAACUCCCAAGAUAAAUCUAAUUCGCAAUCGAUCGGAUUUUCCGGGAGCAAUUCGUUCGGAAUGGCUUACCAGCAAUAUGCUCAAUAUUGUAACGCCUACUAUCAGCAGUUGCAAUUUGGUUCAAAUGGUGGAAUUGCUAUCAAUGUACCACCACCUCCGCUUCCUACUGCUGGAACGACGAAUUCGAAUGUUGGUAAAAAUCAGAGUGUUUUUGCCACAGAUGAGGACAACGUACCGAACAGUUUCGAAACAUCGCCAUCAUCAGCGUCGCCUUCUACAGGUAGUUUAAUGAACAAGACAACAUUUUUUAGCUCUCCUCAGCAACAACAGGACGGACACUUGCAAGGCUGUCUCAAGCAAGCUCCUAGUCAGUUUGGACCGAUUCGUUUUAAUAUCAGCAAACAACCGCAACGAGUGAGUCCGUUAGUUCAAUCUAAUCCAUUGAAUCAUGGCUUACAGCAACAGCAGCCGCAGCAACAUGCUAAUCACAAUCAACACUUCGAUCAAAAUAAUCAGACAAGCAAGCGAAAGAAAAAGAAAAAUAAAAACACGAAUAACAAUGCUGUCAACCAAUCACAGAAUAAGCCCAUUUAUAAUUCCGGAACCAUUGCUCCAAUGGUGGCAUCAGGAACUACGGGGGGAACGAACUUUCCCGUGGCGAUGCAGGUUCCAGAUCUUAGCAGACCGCCGCCACCAAUUCCUAGCCAUUCGUCUAUUGGAGGCACCAUCAGUACAUCCGUUCCUCCACCACCAGCCAUGAAGAAACCAGAUCCUUUUCACAACCCGACUGAUGCUUGGCCCGAAAGCUUGAAUAACUUUGUCGCGCGCUGUUAUGCCAAGUGUAAGACAGAUUUUGAUAAAGAUCAGAUCGAUAUCUGCCUUAAAGGACGUAUUACAGCUGCCGCGAAUAAAGGCGAACUGUGGACCAAGGAUUGGGGCAAUGAACCAGUACCAAGUGUACACAGUGAACGAGAAACAAUCAUCCCAAAGAACAAAUCCCAGAAUGCGAGUAUUGCGGGAAGCAUAAAUCAAUAUCAAAACACUAGAAAAAGUAAAAGUCCCACUAACAACGGUUACGGACAGAGAAAUAGCAACCAGAACUACUCGCGCAAAAGUGGGGGAGGAACUGCGGGAAUAUCCUAUUCACUCGGAUCUCGGCUUGGAAUGAAAACUGGAUCGAAAAAAUCCCGUUCUUCCCAUUCACGUUCUAGAUCUCCCUCUAGUCGGUAUAGUCGCAAUCGUCGCAGUCGAUCUUCUAGUGCCGAGUCCCGUUCUCCUCGACGAAAACGUCGAUCUUCGGAUAGUAGCGAAGAUAGCCGUACCUCCUCCAAAGCAUAUAAAGUCAAAAAUCAGAAAGCAAAUCAAAAAACUAAAAACUCCGGUACAGUGAAAAACCAGAAAAAAUCUGGUUUCUAUUCAGAACACGGUCAGAUAGGUGGGGCAGUGGAUGGUGAUCAGGAAGCGCUAAAAAAACGUGCCGCCCGUUUCAACAACUCCAAUUCACGAAGAGUCUCGCCUCCCAGCCUUGCGUCACCAAUAAGGAAGCGUCUCCAAAUGCCGACACCGUCUCGUCCCUUCAUUGAAGAUACUGCCGGUGACAACGAACCUGGACUGUAUCUGUUUGAUCUGCACAUUGUCGGUACCUGUCGGGAUUUAGAGAAAAGUUUUCUUCGACUCACCAAGGCUCCAGCUCCAUCGGAAGUACGUCCCGUAGAAGUGCUUCGGUAUUCGCUGCAGAAUGUGAAGAAUAAAUGGGUUGAGAAACAGGACUACUACUACGCGUGCGAUCAACUGAAGUCGAUCAGGCAGGAUUUGACGGUUCAAGGUAUUCGAGAUGAAUUUACGGUCCAGGUCUACGAAACGCAUGCCCGCAUUGCCAUGGAGAAGGGCGACCACGAAGAGUUCAACCAGUGCCAAACACAGCUCAAAAUGCUCUACUCCGAGGUGGGAGGCGAGAAUAUAUUGGAGUUUACUGCGUACCGGAUACUGUAUUACAUUUUCACCAAAAAUACGCUAGAUCUGACCACCAUUUUAAAAGCGCUAACGCCCACGGAACGCGAGCACGACGUAAUCAUUUUUGCUCUCAAAUUGCGUUCCGCCUGGGCCCUAGGCCAUUAUAGUAAGUUCUUCAAUCUGUACCGUGCGGCCCCUCUGAUGGCUGGCUAUCUGAUCGAUUGGUUCAUAGAACGUGAACGCAAGUUUGCCCUGAAGAACAUAAUUAAAGCUUAUCGUCCCAAUUGCCCGGUGGAUUAUGUCAGUCGGACGUUGGCGUUCGAGAAUGAGGACACGUGUUUCGAUUGGCUAUCGACGUUCGAACUGACCUUCAUAACCAAGCAAGAGCCUUCCGGUACCGAUGCCGCUACUGCCGAUACGACGACGACGAUGACGACUAAAGUGAAGAGAUUGAUCGACUGUAAGACCAGUAUGAAUGUGGUGACGAAUUUCUGAGCACCACUUAUUGGCGCUGUAUUUCCAUUCCACGUGUAAUAGUCCUUGAUGUUGGUGGUUUCGUCCGUUUCAUUUUCUUAACUGAUUCACUCAUCGUACAAGUCUUCCUGAGUGGUUCUCGAAGCAGUUCUGCCAAAAUGAUCGUGAUUAUUCUGCUAACGAUUCGAAAGAGAAAACAGUUUGCCUAGCUGGCCAACGGACUACGUGGGAUAAGGAUCUGCAUAAGUUCUUUCCGAAAAAGUUCGAGUAUUUAUGUGUAUGUGAUUGAUAAUGUAAAAAACUUGUUUGUUGAGAAACAAAAUGUGAUUGGAGAUUUUCAACGGAUAGUGUCGGAUCGUUAUGCCUUGUGGAGUUUGUCCUUGGAUCGAACAAACUACGGAAGAUCAGUCCCAUGCUCAAGGAUCUUUGGUGGAUCAGUAGCUGUAUAUAAGGCGGGUCGGUCGAAGAUGACCAUCAUCGAAAGCUUCGAAUGAGACACGUUGAUGACCAGUCAUUUCACUGCAAACAACAGUAAACAAGAAAGCAGUGAAUCGUCGUUGGAUGAAGGAUGAUCUAUUUAAACUCAUGGAUGAUUAGUCAAGCUAAAGCUAUUCGCAGAAACAUAGCUAAUACGUGACAGAGUAUGGAACAAAAGUCACAUCAUCCAGUUUUGAGAUGUGUUUCACUACUUAUCGAGUGCGUACAGCAUUGCAUUGUAUUUCGUCGUCAAGUUGUAUUCAAGCUAAUGGAAUAUCAACUUUCAAACGACUUGGUAGUCUAGGAUCCCUCCACAAGGCAAGUAAUGAUUGUUUGACAAAGCAUCUCACAUAAUAAAUGCGCGCGGAAUCGUUGAAAUUCUUGACGGAGAGUGUUAAAAAUAGGAACAGUUGGAACAACCAUACGGAUCUGAAAUCUGUAAAUAUUAAAUAACAGUGAAGUGCAUACUAGGUGUAAAUACUACAGUUAUAUGAACUAUUAGGAACAUUUGGCAGUGUUUUUUUUUCAUCAUCGGACACAAUGAAGCACAAAUGGAACUGAAGAAACAUUAGGAGCAGCGUCGUAAUAUUUGUUUAUUGGGGAUUUAUAGGUCACUGAACGGGAAAGUUUCUGAUAGCAUGAGGUUGCUGCUGCGAGCUUCCAGCAAAAAACGAUCAACGCCUGAUCGAUGCUGAUGCCUGCAUAAGUAAUGCUUUCCAAUAUUCCACAAUCCAUCCGUGAGCAGAAAUAUCCGCAUCCCGAAAAUCCCAUCUAAGCUACUCAAGACGAUCCUAUCUCGCCGUAGGCGUUCCCAUCAUAAGUUAAAUCCUUUCCUCACAAAACUCGCAAGAUAAAAAUUCCUCGGAAUUUGAUCAUGAGGCUGUGAACUCGAUGCUGAAUUGAGUAGAUGAUUGAAACGAAAGAAACUCUUCUGUUCUACUUUUCUUCCUAUUAAUAAGCGUUCUUAUUUUAAUUUUAUUCUGUAUUUGUCGUUGAAUAGUUUUUAUCAAAAAUAAUUAAGUUUAAUAAAUUUCAUCAAAUAUCGAAUCUUUUUAAGAACGGAUUAGAACGAACCUUGCUUCAUGGAUCGACCAGCACAAGCCAAAAUCAAUAAACGAUAAACAUUAAUUAAA